UGUUUCUUUUGAACUGAAAUUUGCUAGUCUGGUCCAUUGGUUUUAUCUGAUAUAGUUUGGUCUGAACCGGUUUGGUCUAGUCUAGUAAAUGUCUGAUCUGUGUGUAAUUUAUAACUGCGGAAGUCUGAUCUGGUCUGGUCUAGGAUCGAAAACGGUAAAAAAAAAACAUCCUAUAUCUCCAAACGCUCACUUUUACAGUUGCACCUCAAUCUCCCUCUUUCCUCGUCUGAAUCAACAACACAAGUGAUAAAGGCCGCCGUAAGGGUUCCGCCUGAAAUACGAAACAUUUGAAAAUUUAUGAACGCCCCGCCGUUAGCCGGAGCAACCAUGACUGAUUGGAGUAGCCCACAUGACGUAGAACAUUCCGAUGAUGAGGUCAAUCCUUUCACGAUGCUGCUCCCACGGGAAGAAGAAGAAGAAGAAGAAGAAUUGCAGGAAUCAGUGUCUCUCCAACACCAACGCUACAAUCUCCAAUCGAUCCACUCAACCAUUCUCAUCAGGCAGCUCCCUUCCCAAGGCCUCUCCUUCCAGCUCUGGCCCGCCGCCGCCACUCUCGUCAACCUCCUCGAUACCCGCCGCCAAGUUCACCCCACCCUCUCCGCCUUGUUCGCGCGUCAAGAGGCGGGUUACCGUCUCCGAAUACUCGAGCUCGGUUCCGGCACCGGUGUCACCGGAAUAGCCGCCGCGGCGAUACUCGGCGCCAGAGUCACCGUCACAGACCUCCCUCACGUCCUCCCCAACAUCCAAUUCAACGUUGACUUGAACUCGGAAGUUCUGCAAAAGCGCGGCGGCGCUGUUGAAGCGGCGGCGCUAUCGUGGGGAGAAACCGAGGACAUGGAAGCCGUCGGGAGAGAGUACGAUCUGAUACUCGGAUCUGACGUGGUGUAUCACGAUCAUCUGUAUGAGCCGCUGCUGAAAACGCUGAGAUUCUUCCUGUUAGGGCGCGGGGAAAGGGAAAGGAAGACGGCCUUCGUGAUGGCGCACCUGAGGAGAUGGAAGAAGGAAUCGGGAUUCUUCAAGAAGGCUAAGAAGGUAUUCGAUGUGGAGAUCGUUCAUACGGAUCCUCCAUUGGAUGGAUCUCGGAUUGGCGUUGCUGUCUACCUUUUCGUCCCAAAAUUUGGUCUUAGUUGACAAAAGUGCUUCUGAGUCCUUGUUUCAUAGCUUCAGAAAUGGAAGCUACGAUUAGCCUUUCUCCAAUUUUGCAAUGCAAUGCAAGACAUUUGUCCAAUUUUGCUUUCAAUUCAGAUCGAACAAAUAGGUUGCCGUGAAUUUGGAUCGCACAUUGAAGAAUUUCAAUUCAAUAAAUUGACGAAAUAUAUACUGAAACUGCUAAAUCUACAGAGUUUGCUUCCUAGUUCCUAGAAAAAUUAAAAUCUGUUUGGAUCCUAUUAAUUUUAAUUGGAUCAGUAUUUUUUUGAUUUGGUCUGAACGGUAUGAUACAGAUCUCC